AAUUUUACACGAUGGGUUGUGGAGGUUCGACGAUGCCAAUGCCGCCCAUGCCGAACGAGGAACCGGGUGAUAUGAAAAUGGACAGACCGUCACGUUAGAAUCCAGUUAUUUUAUUCGUAUUAUAUAAUAUAAUAUUAUUUUACUACAUUGACAGUAUUUGAUUUUGUGACGCACGAUUACACUCUAAUUUAUGGAAAAACAGACAGACCAAGAUGGUCUUUCAAAAAUAAUUUAAACACACAUAUCUAUUGAAAUUCAUCACGCACCUACAUAACACCAUGUUAUUAUUAUAUUAUUAAAAAUAUUGUUUGUGUGCAGCUAUUGCGUUUAGCGUGCCGUUGACCGAGGACGAAGAAAGUCUCGUAAAGAAACACCCGCCAAAGAGACUGAGAAUGAUGCAGGAGGGACCGCAGUCGCCGCCGCUGACCCACGAGAUGUUGUUGGAGAAAUUAGCAGAGGCUGAUCAGAGACGUCAACAGGUCAAUAUCUGCAAUAAUCGUCAUAAAGUUAUUUGGGGUUUUUUUUUUUAGUUUACCUAGUUUCUCAAAUAAUAAAAUACAAGAGGUCCGGGCGACGUGUGUCGCAAUAGAUAUGUCGAAUUUUUUACCCAAGGAGACGAGGAAAAAAUAAACAAUUUAAGUGCGAGUAGUAGAAAUCAAAGUUUGAAAAUUAGUUUUCGGACAACCGUUUAUCGUUCGCCUAUAGGCUGAAAAUUCACGUUAUAUUUCUGGGUAUUAUUUUCAAAAUAAUUUUUUUUUUUUUUAGAAUCUAGGAAAAAACGUUUGAAAUAUUAAAAUGUAUACCACCCACUUUUUUUACGUUACGAUGUGGAUGUUUUCAAGCAUUUUCACCGAGAAAAGAACACAUCGUAGUAAUACUAUUGAGACAAAACGAGUUAGAAAAGGAGCGUCGAUUAUAGUAAAACAAAAAAAAAAACGGGGUCAGGUUUUUUACCCCUUAAAGGCUGUCACAAUACGUCGAGGCCUUUUAGCAACUGACCCGACACAUGUUAUUUUUUUGUACUUUUUUCAAAGCGAUAACAUUAUAAAUGAUAUUAACUCCGAUGUCCCGACAGUGUAGGUACGGCCGCGAACGGAAAAUAUAUUAAUUUAACAUUCGCAUUAUAAUAUUAUAUACACACACACACACACACACACAGAGGCGUCAAUCAGUAUUAUCGUAAUGUAGGUGCGAAAUAAAACACAAUAUAAUAGUAUCCGAGAUGUUUAUCGCCUUGCAGCUUUUGAAAUGUCGAAUACGUAUUUUCGAUUGUAUUAUUUGGACAUCGACCAAGAUAUCUAAUAACAAUAAUAAUAAUAAUAAUAAUAAUGAUAACGAUAUUGUACGCCGCCGUCUAUACCUACUAGCUGUACUAAUCCGUUAUCAUAUAAUAUAAUAUUUGGUUCAAAACGAAACGUAUAGGUUAAGCAUUCUCGUAUUAUUCUUGUUCCGUUGGAUUGAACACCGCUUUAUAAUAAUUAUACGUUUUCAAUCGUCGUCGAUUACACGCGCAACAUUUGAGUCCCUAUAGGGAAAUCGUCUUCAUAACGCAUUAUACCUAUACGUGACGCACAACGUACGGUUUAAUGUGUUUAUGCGAGACGACGGGGAUACCGUUUUGAAUUGUAUACAAUUUUUUAUUAUUAUUAUUAUUAUUUUUUUUUUUUAAAUAUAAUAUGCACAUUUUAAUGACACGCCUUUUGCGAAUUUACAUUUUAUAUUUUCGUAAUUCCCUUUUAACCGUGAUGAUAUAGGAGUAUUAAUUGACAACUGACAAGCGUAAUAAUAUCAUAGGUGGUACACGUGGUGCAAUAAUUUCGACUGUAAAUAUACGUUCGGCGAUAGUCAUGGAAACUUAAUUAAUUACAUUGAAAUGUUGAAAUGGAUAUACGGUAUUAUUUAGUUUGACCCUUAUUCAUCAAAACGGCUGUAAACACGACACUACUGUAUUAUACAUUAUUAUGAUGGGCUCUAACUGUAACGAUAUAUACUUUUGGUUAUUAUUAGUAGUUAUUUAUUUUUUUUUUUUUUUAUAGAUUCUGAGCGAUGCGAGAAACGUAUUGGUUUCACUGUGACGCGUGUUUUUUUCUGUAGUCUGCAGUAAACUGCAUCUUCUCGAACCGCCGGAGACCGAUUGCUUUCUCCAAUCGUCAAAAAUUUCAUAUAGUCGAUUUCUCGGUAGAAAACAUUUUGGAUCUAAUAUAGUCCGGUGCGUUAGACAGGUCAUUUUUUUUUUUUUUUUUUUAAUUCAUUUACUUUUCAUAAUAAUAGAAGGGGGGACCGGAUUUUUAUGUUGAUGACUAAGUUCUUUGGGUUACGCGAUAAAAAAAAAAAAAACAACUGAUUAUCCAGUCAACCAGUUAACCGAACUCUUAAGAUAAUCGAAUUUCGAUAACUGCAGUAUACCCGUCGUGAUGCGAAGUACGACGCGAGCGCAAAUCGGAAUUGGUUGAAUUGUUUUUAGUUUUAUAGAAUUCAUAAAAUAUAUAGGCGUAUAAAUAGAAUUCUCGGAGGAUCGAUUGGAAUCGGAGAAAGAAAGAAGCGAUUUAGGGCGUGCGGCGUAUGUGUUAGAAGUGCUUAAUAAUGAAUUGUAAAAAUACGACGUUAUAAUAUUGCGUUCACAUUGAAAUUAACUUUUUUUUUCUUCGAUUCUGUGACGGCAGCAAAGAACGCGCGUUAGCCAUAUCGAUUUUAUGUUUACAGGGGUUAAAAUGUUUGAAUACAAAAGUAUUCGGCGUGUUUUGACGAUGCGAUUUUGAGCAACGCGGUUAUUCUAGUUUAGUAAACAAACAGUUUUGGAAAUAUCGUUUACUGCAAUUAUUAGUUCGACAACUCAAUACACUUUUCGACAAUCAGGCUGUCGGAAUCAGCAAACAAUUAAAAAUUACAUUGUUAUACUGCCUUCGAUUACUGCAGGCUAUCCAUUGGUAACGUUUGACAUUUUAACGAUAUGGAAAUUAAUGUUUACCGAAAACUGCGUCGCCCGAACGCGUCUAAUAUUAGUAAUAUGUAAUUGAAUGGACGAUGCGCGAGCUUUCGUCUUUAAGAUUUUCGCAGUUGUAAAAUGCCUACUAUCCUAAUGCAUUAGUUCUAUUAUUAUCCUACUAUUAUAAAUGCGAACGUUUGGAUGUUUGUAACUCAAAAAUGGCAGAACGGGUUUAGAUGAACUUUAACACAUACUUCGAAAUUCAGCCUCUAUUAUGCGGGUGGCUGAUACUAGGUUUUUGGUAUUUUCGGAACAAAAAUUGAAUUAUUUUUGUUGAUUCGUGGAUACUUUUAUGACCACGAUAAAAAAAAAAAAAAAAAAAUAGUUAUCAUAAUUAUUAUUAUUUAAUUUAGUUGUCGCGGGUAAUGAAGUAUUGUUUAAACGAAAUUUAAUUACCGGGCGACAACGGUUAUCUGUGAUAGGUACGGGAAGUCACGGCGAAUCACGUUUUUUAAUUUUUAUUUUUCGUUUAAAAAUUUGCACAGGUAAAGUCAUGCAGGACAGUUAGGACAUGCAAGACCUGUAUAUAUUUAUAAAUCACCCGUGAGCAAUAGAGCUCCGUUACUAGAGUCGAAUGUUCUUCUAGCUGAUUUUCCACCGCGAUAAUGUUUCAUUUUCUUACGUAACUGAACUAAUAUUUACAUACAAUUUGUAGCAUAACACAUUUGUAAUUAUUGUAUAGAAUUAACUUAUUUUGUUAAUUUAUUCGAUUUUUCAGUAGCAUAUAAUUUGUGGUACACAGUGGAAAAGGUAAAGGGGACAAAUAUGGGAAAUUAUUAAUUAAUUAAAGACAGGAGUGAGAACGAUCUAGUUUUCUAAACAAGAUGUUGUUUAAAAACUAGAGAUUAAGCGCAUGUCUGCGAUUCUACUCUACCGUGUACACAUAACAGACACAAUAAAUUGUAAUAGUCUCUCAUUUUGGGGGAAAAUUCGACAGUAAUAUUAUAUACAGUAAUACGUUAAUCGCGUCCUAAAAUUGUGCAGAUCCUGAGCCAGAGGAUAGAGUCAGCGAAAACUCUUAUGAGGCCUAGAUAUAACAGCGCCAGUAAGACCAAUAACGCCGACGAAGCGAUAGUGGAACACGCGGCCGAAGACGCUGAACCCGAAGACGAAUAA